GUGGCCGGCCCCGAGCGAGAGCGGGGUUGUCUGCGCUCCCUGGCUGUUCUGGGGAGUAGUCUCUGGGCAACAGGGCCCGGCGGGGAGAGAGCGUCCGGGCCGGGGCCAGGGCUGGGGCUGCACGUUGACGGGCACGGCGCAGAGCGAGACCUGGUGACGAUGGCGGGGCCGCAGCCCCUGGCGCUGCAGCUGGAACAAUUGUUGAACCCGCGCCCGCGCGAGGCGGAUCCUGAGGCCGACCCGGAGGAGGCCACUGCUGCCAGAGUGAUUGACAGGUUUGAUGAAGGGGAAGAUGGGGAAGGUGAUUUUCUGGCAGUGGGUAGCAUUAGAAAAUUGGCAUCAGCCUCCCUCUUGGACACGGACAAAAGGUAUUCUGGCAAGGCUACCUCUAGAAAAGCUUGGAAGGAAGACCCCUGGGAGCAGACACUGCCAGGUUCAUCUGACAAGGAAAUAAUAUCUGAUGAGGAUGAGUCUGGAGAUGGAGGUUCAGAGGGGCUGGGUCUGGAGGGAUCUGAUGAGGAUGCCACGAGUGCUGCUGAGGAAGAGGAGUGUGGUGAUGACAAGGACAGUAGUCUGGCCUGGAAGAAGAGGAUCAAAAGCUGCUUUGAGAGCACACCAGGUUUUAGUGUCCAGAGCAUCAGUGACUUUGAAAAAUUCACCAAGGGAAUGGAUGACCUUGGUAGCAGCGAGGAGGAGGAAGACGAAGAGGAGGAGAGUGGUAUGGAAGAAGGACACGGGGAGGAAGACUCCACAAAUGAGAGAGAGGAAGACAGGGCUGAAGGCAGGAAUAGUGAAGAUGACGGAGUAGUGAUGACCUUCUCCAGUGUCAGAGUUUCCGAGGAAGUGGAGAAAGGAAGAGCUGUGAAGAACCAGAUAGCUCUGUGGGACCAGCUCUUGGAAGGAAGGAUCAAGCUUCAAAAAGCUCUGUUGACUACCAAUCAGCUUCCUCAACCAGAUGUUUUCCCUAUUUUCAGGGACAAAGGUGGCCCAGAAUUUGCCAGCGCCCUAAAAAAUAGUCACAAGGCCCUUAAAGCAUUGUUGAGGUCAUUGGUAGAUCUUCAGGAAGAGUUACUUUUCCAGUACCCAGACACUCGAUAUCUAGUAGAUGGGACAAAGGCCAAAGCAGAAAGUGAGGAAGAGAUUUCCAGUGAAGAUGAAGAGCUAGUAGAAGAGAAGAAGCAGAGAAAGGCCCCACCAAAGAGGAAGCUAGAAAUGGAGGACUAUCCCAGCUUCAUGGCUAAGCGUUUUGCCAACUUCACAGUCUAUAGGAACCGCACACUUCAGAAAUGGCAUGAUAAAACCAAGUUGGCUUCUGGAAAACUGGGGAAGGGUUUUGGUGCCUUUGAACGCUCAAUCUUGACUCAGAUCGAUCAUAUUCUGAUGGACAAAGAAAGAUUACUUCGAAGGACACAGACCAAGCGCUCCAUCUACCGAGUUCUUGGCAAACCUGAACCAUCAGCGCAGCCUGUCCCGGAGAGUUUGCCAGGACAACCGGAGAUCCUUCCUCAAGCCCCUGCCAAUGCCCACCUGAAGGACUUGGAUGGAGAAAUCUUUGAUGAUGAUGACUUUUACCACCAGUGUACUGUACUCAUCCUUCUUAUGAUGAUGUGAAAUGAUAAGAUGCCUAUGUGAUGAGAGGAAGUGAGGUGAAUAACGUACGCGUGUGAUGUAGCGUUAGACUACAUCUGAUGAUUCGUCAGAAAGAGGCUCAUCUGCUUCCAGACCGUAGUUGGCAGCAGGUAACUAAAACCGAGGAUAAGGCAGGGGACUACUGUAUCCUCUUUCCUCCAGACAUUGCUAAAUAAAUAACUGACGAAUUCUUCUUGGGUCAUCUGUUGUUUAAAAAAUGGUAAAAUACGGUGCUGAGAAGUUUUGGAAGGCAAAAACUUCCACUGCUUUAGGUUUUUUAUUACUUGCAUAUUUUAAAUAGUAUGUUUAUACUAUUGUUGAUUUAUCAACAGUCAUUUAUCAAAUCAUCAGUCAUUUAUCAAAUCAUCUCUUGACUUCCCAUUAUGGUAGUGAGGUCCUAGCCCUUCUGUACUUUCUACCUCCACAUUUCUGUCCUCCAUUUUCUUAAAGUACUUAUUGUCACAGUUUUGUGAAGAUUUAUUGUUUACAAUAUGAUGACUAAAUAAAUGUUCACAUGUACUAUGAUUGUAUUUCCUUACAUGCUUGUUUUUUCCUAGAAUAAUAAGGCCUGUUUUAAAAAAUAGACUUUGUGUUCUGUGUAUCUGUUUCCACCCCACAUACACCAAAUAAAUACCUUGAAUACAUAAACUAACCUAUUAUUCCCCCACCCACCCACCCUUUUCCCUGGAGACCUUAUUUCUAGAGCUCUCUGGACUCUGUUCUUUUUGGAAUGGUUGCUCUCUGGGCCCCUGCCAUCAGUAAUCUUGGGACCUGCCUUUGCUGCUUUCCUGAGUUAGACCUAUUUUCUGACGUCUCAUGUCUUUCGCUUUCUUGCUGUUACAUGCUCAUUUUACUCAAGCACAUCUUCCUGUGAAAGAGUGUGUGGAAAGAAAAUUGUUGAGUUCUUGCAUGUGUGAAAAUGUCUCCAUGUAACUUUCAUACUUGGUAAUACUUUGUGGAUGGAAUUUUGAGGUUGAAAGUGAUUUUCCUCAGAAUUUUGAAGGCAUUGCUCUGCAAUCCUCCCGUAUCUGCUAUUGCUGUUGAAAUGUCUAAUCCCAUUUAGUUUUCAUUCCUUAAUAUGUAGGGUGACUGUAUAAUUUAUUGUCAAAACUGGGACAUUUGAGGUGCUAGCCUGAAAGAAUACUAGGACAACAGGCAUAAACCCAGGACUCUCUGGGGUAAACUGGGACAUGUGGUCACCCUCUUUAUAUGUGACCUAUUUUUUCUGUAAGCAUUUAGGAUCUUCUCUUUACUUCCAGUGUUCCACAUUUCAUGAUGAUGUGUCUUGGGAAAGGUCUUUUUUCAUUCAUUGUACUAGAUUUUUGCAGGCUCAUUCCUGUCCUUCAAUUUGGGAAAUUGUCAUUACCGUUUCUUUAAUUAUGUUCUCCUAGCCUUAACAAAGUCAGAUGUUUGACAUUCUGGAU